AAUUGUUCACUGUGGGUAGCUCAACUUAUCCAACAUCCGAUGGGAGCCCCACCACCUGAGAAAGAGUGGAGCAGCGAUCUCUUUGACUGCUUUGAGGACCACGCUACAUGUUGCUACGGCUUCUGGUGUGGCCCUUGUCUGGCCUCCACUGUUACAGGACGGUUUGGUGAAAACCGUUUACUCCCAGUAUGUGACAUACUGAGCAUGUGCACAUCAGUCAUUUGUGGAAUUCCUGUCUAUGUGCCUCCAGCAGUCUUGUCUGUUAGGGUUGCCAUGCGAAACAGAUACCAUAUCAAGGGUUCUCUCUUGGAAGACAUGUGUGCGUCCUGUUUGUGUCAGUGCUGCUCCUGGUGUCAGAUGCAUCGUGAGUUAAAACAUCACAAUAAAACUCCUAAUGUCAUCGUCAUGCAAAGUCAACCCAUUUUACAAAUGCAGCCUGCUCCAGUGAUGAUGGUUCCUCUAGCUGGAUAUGUGACCCAACCAGGAGUCACCGUGAUAUCAAACUGAGCUCUGUGGACUCUCAUGUGUCCGUCUGCCUUGUGAAGGAAGUUCAGCUCAGGCUGCUGUCUGUUUUAUUAACAUCUAUAUAUCUAAGUGCAUGUUUAUCAAAGGUAAUUACACUGCAAUCUCUUUUUGUCAAAAGUAUAGAGAUUUCUUCUUUUUUUAAACUAUAAUGACAAACCUUGUUUCAAAUCUCUUGGGAAAAGUACUUUGCAUGUAUUUGGUCAAGGAUAAAAAAAGCUUGUGGUUUUUUGAAUUUUUAGUACCAAAUUAAUUGACUGUGGUCUAUUAAUAAAGGAAAUAAUAAAGUUGUAGAAUGAGGAAUAAA